AUGUCAACAUACGUUAAUAAAUAUAGUAAAGGUUCAUCUCCUUCAAGGGAUAUUCACUCGACUACUCCAAUCGAUGAAUAUGAUUUCAACUAUGUAUUUGAAGUAAAGGAUCUUGCUUCUGAUAGAGUAGAGUUGAGACCCAUAGUCCCAUCGCUACACGCCCAAACGAUCUUGGAUGGGUAUACGAAAUCACCUGAAGUACUUAGAUGGCUUGGAUUCAGUCCUUUCAAGGAUUUAGGUGAUGUCCUAGUUUGGUUAGAGGGUACAAACAGAUCCGCUCCUGAUACACUACUCCAUGCGAUUUUCACCGAACCCCUCUCGACUCCAAAAGGAAGUAAAGUAGAUCCUAAAGAUUAUGUAUUUGCAGGAAUUAUAGGUAUGAUAGCGUCAAAUUAUCAAGCUAUGAUAUGUGAACCUGGAUAUAUAAUGAUUUUACCUGAAUUUCAUAGAACACACGUUCAAACUCAUGCAACGGGUUUAGUGAUGCAUAGAAUACUUGAUCAUCCAUCUCAAGGUGGAUUAGGUUUAAGACGUUGUCAAUGGAUAACGACAACAUUAAAUAUACAAAGUCAAAAUGCAUCCAAGAGAUUAGGAUAUAAAUUCGAAGGUGUAUUGAGAUGUAUGAGGGUUUUACCUCCUGGAAAAGAAGGCUCAAGGGACGGUCGCCAAGAUGUGAGACAAUCAGAUGGUCAAGUAAGAGAUGAUUGGUAUUCUUCCGUCACAUGGUACGAAUGGGAAUCAGGUGUAAGAGAUCAUAUAGAUAGACUCAUGGCUAGGAGAUAG